AAACAGUUAUUGUUGACAGCUCGGCACUUGUCUCCCAAAAGGCUGAUAAAAUGCGAUGGGAACUGUUACUGCCAAUGUCAGAAAUAAACUGCACUAUUUAAACAACGUCUUUAGAGACAAAGGCACUUUUCUAUGCGACUGUCAAGGAAUGCUCAUCCGAGGAAAAGGUACUUUUGGCUAGCUUUAUCAGUGUAAAUGUAUAGCUAGUUAGCUUCAACGGCCAACAAAAGUUGCUCCCUGGUUAUCUAUGGGCUGAACAUUACCAUAUAUAGCCCGGCCACAGAGCUCCCUCGCCGGUGAAAUGUAAACAGUGGCUCCCCGAGGAGGCUGGAACAAGGGGCAAAAACUAAACUCAGCCUUGAAGAUUACAAAAACUUCACCAUGUCAUCUGAGCAGAUUAUUGCCAUCGUCAUGGAUGAUAAAAUCUACGAGGUGAAUAAAAAGAAGCUGAUUGAGAAAAGUGACUACUUCCGUGCGCUGUACAGCUCCGGGAUGAAGGAGUCCACGGAGGACUCGGUGCAGCUGCAGGGGCUCAGUGUGCCCGGCCUGGAGCUCGUCCUGGAGUUCAUCAACACCUCCAAGGUCCAGGUUGUCAACGAGACUCUGGAGGACCUGAUUGAGACCGCCUCCUUCUUACAGGUCACCUCCAUCCUCAAGCUCCUCACCUCGGAGAUCCGCCAGGACAACUGUGUGGAGCUGUACAACCUCUCUGAAGUCUACGGGACUCAUGAUCUGCGCAAUGCUUGCCUCAAAUACAUUAGCUGCUACUAUCAUCCCAUGCUUAGGCGACCAGAGUUCAGCAGCCUCCCCUCUGCUGUCAGAGAGCUGGUCAAAGAGAUGCGCAUGAGAGGCACUGCCACCCUGGUAGCCAUAGGAGACUUCACCUGCCUCUCCUUGGACGUGCCGGAUCAGGAUGAGCCCUGGUCCAUGCUGAGGUAUGGAGAGAUGGAGCAGCGCUGGAAACCCCUGGCAAACAACCUGCCUUCAGAUAUGAUAAACGUCAGAGGAUAUGGCUCAGCUGUGCUCGAUAACUACCUGUUCAUAGUGGGUGGAUACAGGAUGACGAGCCAGGAGAUCUCUGCGGUGCACUGCUACAACCCCUGCAGGAACGAGUGGAACCAGGUGGCUCCGCUCAACCAGAAGAGGUCCAACUUCAAGCUGCUGGCGGUCCAGGGGAAGAUUUACGCGGUCGGAGGCCAGAGUCUGGGCACGGUGGAGUGUUACAGCCCGGAGCACGACUGGUGGAUGUGUGUGUCCUCCAUGCCCGACCCGCUGGCCGAGUUCUCAGCGUGCGAGUGCCAGGGGAUGAUCUACGUCAUGGGAGGAUACACCGCAAGAGACAGGAACACAAGCGUCCUGCGUUACUGCCCCGCCUCUGACACCUGGACGGUGUUUCGCUCCUGUUCGGCGCACAUCCGCAAGCAGCAGAUGCUCUCGGUGGAGGACACCAUCUUCCUGGUGGGCGGCUACACUCACGAGCUGGAGUUCGGCCAGCGGCGUCCCAGCCAGACGGAGGACGUGCUGACGGUGCAGUCCUACAACGUCACCACGGGGGAGUGGAUCCAGCUGAAGGAGAACACGUCCAAGUCGGGCCUGAACCUGACGUGCACGCUGCACAACGACGGCGUCUACAUCAUGAGCCGCGACGUCAGCCUGCCCACCAGCCUGGAGCACCGCGUCUUCCUCAAGUACAACAUCUUCUCGGACGCCUGGGAGGCCUUCAGGCGCUUCCCGGCGCUGGGUCAGAACAUGCUGCUCUGUUCGCUCUACCUGCCCAACGUGCUGUGAUCCAAAGGGCUGAUGGGAAACGGAGAGGAGCCCAUGAAGCGUUAACAUGGGCCCGUGUGUGGCUUGCUUGUUCUCGCACAGAAUGGGGCUCUGCUGCAUUAGUGGGAACAGUGACCUUUGUGCCUCCAAAAAAGAAACGCACAUUAUACAUACUGUUGCUGAUGUGUAAAGAAGCUACAAUGAUAAGUAUGGAAGUGAUGAAGCCCCCGUAGGUCAACCACAUCAUACGUCUUUUAUGAUUCUGAAAACAAAGUAAGGACAGCAGUAAGAGUGGUUUAAUGAUAGAGCCCAUUAUUUACUAUUCUGAUGAUCUGUAAAUCUUUUAAAGUUAUAUUCCUUACAAAAAUGUGAGAAAAUGCCGUUUUCACCCUCUAAAAUAUAGAGAUUUCCCGAUCUCUAUUUAAUAUGAUAUCAAACUGAAUAUAUGUGUCUCUUGGUCUGACAAAAUAUGGCAGUUUAGAUAUCUUCUUCGACCUUGAGAAUCUGACUUUUUAUAGACAGAAAAAUAUUGACAAUGCUAGUAAUUGUUACUAGCAGCCCUAUUAAGCGACCUUAGUUUUCUAACACUGUAAGGUCAUUAUUUAUGUAACGGAUGAAUACCUCUGUGGAAUCUAAUGCUAACACAUGACACACAAACAAAACUUGGGUUUUAUUGCUGCAUGAUUUUAAAUCUAUGGGACACAAUAUUCCUGAUGUUUACACUCCAAAUAUCGCAUUAGGGUACAGGUUUAUCCAUAAUUCACUACAAACCUUAAAAUAUAUCGGAAACAAAACACAUUUCUUGUCUCUAUGAGCUGUACAUAGCAGGUAAUCAUGAACAAUGGCUUUGGUUUUACACUGCCAGGUUAAUGAAAAGAUUCUUUGAAAGUUGUUGUUUGUGAGGAGAAGCGGCUCAGAGGGAGCUUAAUGUGUGUACACUUGCACAGUAUUCUUUUUCAGAGAAACACUUAAGCAAAGCUUCAAGCGCAAUUCCAUGAAAGGAACGAUGCACAUGUGCCUUCUGCAACCUCAGAUAAUGGAGCUCUAUACAAAAUGAGCACAAAAUGCAAGACUUUGUUACAUUGCCAGCAACUGACCAAACUGCUGUGUUUCAUUUCUUUCUCUGCUAGCAUGCAGCAGCUUCUUUUCUUUGAAGUACUUUUCCGUUUCUUCAUUAAAUACUGGGUGUGUGGAAAUGAGUAAAACAAAUGCAUUUCAGAAACUUGAAUUUGUGUGUUAAUGCAGCACUUUUAUUGUGGGAUUUGGUGGAUUUCUCUGUGCAUUAUUGAUCUGUUUGAUAGUUUGGGGAAUUUAGUUCAUGAUAAUAAAGACAAUUAUCAGGGCUCUGCUUAGCUGUCCGUCCUUUAAUUACUGUUUUCAACUUGGUCAUUCCUCCAUAUUCUACUUGUGUGUAUUAUAUCAAACUAAU